AGUGGCGGAGGCAUCCUUGAAACUCCCAGAGUCCCUGGUGGGGGGGUGGCGCGUGGGAAGAGAGGGAGGAAAGAAGAGCCGUGGCGCUCGGGUGAGGAAAAAGUUUGCAAGUCUGGACAGAAGGGAAGAGUGCUCCCGAGAGACCGACUUUGGUGCAGGGGAGGGGGGAAGGAAGAAGUGCUUCUUUUUCCCCCCUCCACUCUUAAGGAGCUGCUUUCUCUUCUCCCAAGCCGAGGGGCACCAUUGGGGCACCCCUGCUGUCCCUCUCCGCCUCCGGCUCUCUCCCCGUACACCCUUAAGAUUUUGUCAGUUGGUCAGAGCCAGCCAGGGAUCUCGUGCGGGGGCUGACGGAGCUGCGGGAGCUGAAGAAUGAAACUGCGUGGAGUCAGCCUGGCUGCGCUCUCGUUCUUACUGGCCGUGAGCCUUUGGGGGCAGCCCGCAGAGGCUGCGGCUUGCUAUGGGUGUUCUCCAGGAACUAAGUGUGACUGUAGUAGCAUAAAAGGACAGAAGGGGGAGAGAGGAUUGCCAGGUUUGGAAGGCCAUCCAGGUUUGCCUGGAUUUCCAGGUCCAGAAGGGCCUCCAGGGCCUCAGGGGCAAAAGGGCAAUGAUGGAAUUCCAGGGCCACCGGGACCAAAAGGGAUCAGAGGUCCUCCUGGACUUCCUGGAUUUCCAGGGACACCAGGUCUUCCUGGAAUGCCUGGCCAUGAUGGGGCUCCAGGACCACAAGGUAUCCCUGGAUGCAAUGGAACCAAGGGAGACCGUGGAUUUCCAGGCAGUCCCGGUUUUCCUGGUUUACAGGGUCCUCCAGGACCUCCUGGGAUCCCAGGUAUGAAGGGAGAACCAGGUAGUAUAAUUAUGUCAUCACUGCCAGGACCAAAGGGUAAUACAGGAUAUCCAGGUCCUCCCGGAAUACAAGGUCCAUCUGGUCCCACUGGUGUACCAGGACCAAUUGGUCCCCCAGGACCACCAGGUUUGAUGGGCCCUCCUGGUCCACCAGGACUUCCAGGACCAAAGGGUAAUAUGGGCUUAAAUUUCCAGGGACCCAAGGGCGAAAAGGGUGAACAAGGUCUUCAGGGCCCUCCUGGACCACCUGGGCAAAUCAGUGAACAGAAAAGACCAAUUGAUGUGGAGUUUCAGAAAGGAGAUCAGGGGCUUCCUGGUGACCGAGGGCCUCCUGGACCUCCAGGGAUACGUGGUCCUCCAGGUCUUCCAGGUUGUGUGAAAGGUGAAAAGGGUGAGCAAGGAGAACCGGGCAAAAGAGGUAAACCAGGAAAAGAUGGAGAGAAUGGCCAACCAGGAAUUCCAGGUUUGCCUGGUGAUCCUGGUUACCCUGGUGAACCAGGAAAGGAUGGAGAAAAGGGCCAAAAAGGUGACAUUGGCCCAAGAGGGCCCCCUGGACUUGUAAUUCCUAGGCCUGGGACUGGUGUGAUUGUAGGAGAGAAGGGAAACAUUGGGUUACCUGGUUUGCCCGGAGAAAAAGGAGAACAAGGAUUUCCUGGAAUACAGGGUCCACCUGGCUUUCCUGGACCUCCAGGGACUGCAGUUAUGGGUCCUCCUGGUCCCCCUGGCUUUCCUGGAGAAAGGGGCCAUAAAGGUGAUCAAGGUCCACCAGGAAUUUCUAUUCCUGGACCUCCUGGACCUGUUGGACAGCUGGGAGCUCCUGGCCCUCCAGGUCCUCCUGGCCCUCCUGGCCAUCACAUCCCUCCUAGUGAUGAUAUUUGUGAAGCAGGCCCUCCAGGUCCUCCAGGAUCUCCAGGUGAUAGAGGACUCCAAGGAGAACAAGGAAUAAAAGGUGAAAAGGGUGACACGUGUUUCAACUGCAUUGGAACUGGUAUUUCAGGACCUCCAGGUCAACCUGGUUUGCCAGGUCUUCCAGGUCCUCCAGGAUCUGUUGGUUUCCCUGGACAGAAAGGUGAAAAAGGACAUGCUGGUGCAACUGGUCCCAAAGGAUUAAUGGGUACACCAGGAGCUCCAGGUGCUCCAGGUUUUCCUGGCUCUAAAGGUGAACCUGGUGACAUCCUCACUUUUCCAGGAAUGAAGGGUGACAAAGGAGAGUUGGGUUCCCCUGGUCCUCCAGGGCUGCCUGGUUUACCUGGCACCCCUGGAAAGGAUGGAUUGCCAGGUCUUUCUGGCCCCAAAGGAGAACCUGGUGGAAUUGCUUUUAAGGGUGAAAGAGGUCCUCCUGGAAACCCUGGCUUACCAGGUCUCCCAGGGAAUAGGGGGCCAAUGGGCCCUCUUGGUUUUGGCCCUCCAGGCCCAGUAGGUGAAAAAGGCAUACAAGGUGUGGCAGGAAAUCCAGGCCAGCCAGGAAUACCAGGUCCUAAAGGUGAUCCAGGUCAUACCAUAACCCAACCAGGGAAACCAGGCUUGCCCGGUAACCCAGGAAGAGAUGGUGAAGUGGGUCUUCCAGGUGACCCUGGACUCCCAGGCCAACCAGGCUUGCCAGGAAUACCCGGUAGCAAAGGAGAACCAGGUAUCCCUGGAAUUGGACGUACUGGACCACCUGGUCCCAAAGGUUUUCCUGGAAUCCCAGGGCCUCCAGGAGCACCUGGGAGACCUGGGAGUGUUGGUCUAGAAGGUCCUUCUGGGCCACCAGGAUUUCCAGGACCAAAGGGGGAACCAGGAUUUGGUCUGCCUGGACCGCCUGGGCCUCCUGGGCUCCCAGGUUUCAAAGGGACACUUGGCCCAAAAGGGGAUCGUGGUUUCCCAGGACCUCCAGGUCCUCCUGGACACACUGGCUUGGAUGGGCUACCUGGAACAAAAGGUGAUGUUGGACCAAAUGGACACCCUGGGCCAAUGGGACCACCUGGUUUACCAGGAAUAGGUGUACAGGGACCACCAGGAUCACCAGGGAUUCCUGGACCAAUAGGCCAACCUGGACCUCCCCUGGUGGCGCAGGCGGUUGAGUGCAGCGCUGUGAAGCUGUCCGCAGCCUCUGCAGCGCCGGUUCGAUCCCAGCCGGCCGGAGAGGGUCCCACAUGGCGUGACAGAUCUCUCCUGUCUCGCUGUUCCCCUCAGCAGUGUAUUUCGUCAGUCUGCCUGUUUUGUUCCCAGCUCGGUAAUCCUGGUCGUCCAGGUCUCAAUGGAAUGAAAGGAGAUCCUGGUCUCCCUGGUGUUCCAGGAUUCCCAGGCAUGAAAGGACCCAGUGGAGUACCUGGUUCAACUGGCCCUGAGGGAGAACCAGGACUUACUGGCCCCCCAGGUCCCCCUGGAUUACCAGGUCCUUCAGGACAGAGUAUUAUAAUCAAAGGAGAUGCUGGUCCACCAGGGAUACCAGGCCAGCCUGGAUUAAAAGGUCCACCAGGACUACCAGGACCUCAAGGUUUACCAGGUCCAAUUGGCCCUCCAGGAGAUCCUGGACACAAUGGACUCCCUGGCUUUGAUGGUGCAGGAGGGCGCAAAGGAGACCCAGGUCUCCCAGGCCAGCCAGGUACCCGUGGUUUAGAUGGUCCCCCUGGACCAGAUGGAUUGCAAGGUCCCCCAGGUCCCCCUGGAACCUCCUCUAUUGCCCAUGGAUUCCUCAUCACACGUCAUAGCCAGACAACAGAUGCACCACAGUGCCCACAGGGAACUGUCCAGAUUUAUGAAGGCUUUUCUCUUCUGUAUGUACAAGGAAAUAAAAGAGCUCAUGGCCAAGAUUUGGGAACAGCCGGAAGCUGCCUUCGUCGCUUCAGUACUAUGCCUUUCAUGUUCUGCAAUAUCAAUAAUGUUUGCAACUUUGCCUCAAGAAAUGACUAUUCUUACUGGCUCUCUACCCCAGAGCCCAUGCCAAUGAGCAUGGAACCCCUGAAGGGCCAGAGUAUCCAGCCAUUCAUUAGUCGAUGUGCAGUAUGUGAAGCUCCAGCUGUUGUGAUUGCAGUUCACAGUCAGACCAUACAGAUUCCCCAUUGUCCUCAGGGAUGGGAUUCUCUCUGGAUUGGUUAUUCCUUCAUGAUGCACACAAGUGCAGGGGCAGAGGGCUCAGGUCAAGCCCUGGCCUCUCCUGGUUCCUGUUUGGAAGAGUUUCGUUCAUCUCCCUUCAUUGAAUGCCAUGGACGUGGUACCUGCAACUACUAUGCCAACUCCUACAGCUUUUGGCUGGCAACUGUAGAUAUGUCAGACAUGUUCAGCAAACCUCAGUCAGAAACAUUGAAAGCAGGAGACUUGAGGACACGUAUUAGCCGAUGUCAAGUGUGCAUGAAGAGAACAUAACAUUUUGAAGAAUACUUUGUGUGCUUUUAACUGUGAGAUAUAUAUUUCCCCGGAUGCAAUGUCUCACUAUCCCCAACUACCACUGUUGUCACCAAUGGUGCUACUGUAUAUGACCAAGAGAACAUGCUGACUAGUAACCACAACAAUUCAGAUGUACCUCAGCAGUGUGCUAGAGCAAGGUCUCUAUUAUUUUUCUACGAAAGAAAUAAGGAAAUGAAUUUACUUUUUGGGUCCAGAAUGACUUUCUCCAAGGAUUAUGAGAUGAAGAUUAUAUAUUUUGCCGGGUAACUAAAACGGCAUGUUAAAAAUUCAAUUAAGAGAAGAAUCACACUGAGUAAAAUAAAAGACUGCAGUUUGGGGAAAGAAUUAUUUUUCAUGGUGCUACUAAUCCUACUGUAUCCCAGGUUUUUAAUAUAAAAGUGUUAAGCUUAUUUUGCUCUGUAAGUAAAGAAUGUGUAUAUUAUAUAAACAGCCUUUUAGCUCAAAAUGUUGAGUCAUUUAGAUGUGACCUGAUAUGAAUCACUCUUUACAGAAAAUGUAGAAAAUCCUAAAAUACAGACAGCAAAAUUUUAUAUCCGUGUUUAUUGAAGUGAGAGAAUUUCUAUUCUUGCAUCAAGUUACUACUGAGAGUAAAUUUAUUUUGGUUUUAAUCCCUAAGUUCUUAUUUGAAAUUUUAUUAAAAAUAGGUCAUUUUAGUCACUUUAAUGUCAUUUAGUCACUUUAAUCAGAUUUUUAAAUGUUCAGGUAACAUACCAUUCUCUUAACACCAACUGCCCUGUUUUAAUAUUUCCUAUAUCUUGUUUUUGCUCAUUCUGUGCUUCUUUUGUAAGAAUUAUUAUUCUCCUAUGAUCUCUGCUCGGAGCUGGGAAGACAAUGUUUUGUUCAUUGUCUCUCUUCAAUGACAAAAAGCCAGUUGAUGUUUUUAUUAUUUUUUAUUUUAUUUUAAACAUUUUGUUAUAGUCAUAGAAUAUCUUAUUUCCCUGGCUGCCAUCUUUUCACAUGUUUCUUAAUUCACCAAUAUCAAUUUAAUUAAAGUUAUUUUAUAAAGAUGGUUUGUUGUGUAUGACUUCAGCCUGUGUGUAAAAAUCUGCUCAUUUGCAGCUAGACAACACAUAGCACAUCAGCAAGUAGUCCCCUCUCAGAGAAUAAUUUAGAACAAUUCCAAACCAAAGAUGCUUAUGGAGACUUUGAU